UGUGAACCAAGCCCAAGGCUCUCCUGUUUUGGAUGCGUUGUCAAUAGGAAUCGGACCACUUCAGUUCACUCCUUGAACGGGAAAUUGUGUGGAAUCCUGCCCUUCAAAACUUGGGAUGUUGGCUCCUUUAUUUACUUAACUAUUAAUGCCAUUGGCAUUAACCCAGUCCUGUGGCUAAACUCCAGACUAAUGUAAAUCUCAUCUAUGCCCAUGAUGAAGCAAGGGAUGAUGAAGUUACUCCUCAUCGUCAUCACAGCGCUCCUACGACUUGGCCUGGCAGGUCAUGCCCUUCCACAGCAUCCGUUUAUCACAUCAAUACAAAGGGCCGUCACUGCAGCAAACUUAACUGAUUGUUGGGUCUGUUAUAAAGUGGGUAAUAUGGAAAGCGAGGUUUCUCUGAUCCCCAUCCCAGCCCCACUAUCCCACUGGAUCAAUGAAUCCAUAUAUAGAGUGUAUUAUUCUUCCUCCUAUUCUAAAUACCAGUACCUGUGGAAAUACACAGGCCGGCCCCUCUCCCCUGAAUAUGGGAAAGGACCAAAAUACAAAGUACAUGUAAGCCGCUCCUUCCAUACUUACCAAGUUGCAGGACGUCCACAGUAUCGAAUACAACACCGGGGUCAGUAUCCCUUGUGUAUCCAAAACGACAAUGGAACCGUAUACUUGGGCGAUGUUCCUGAGGAGAGAUGUACCCAGACUCUGUGGUUUGACACUGAUGAUGGUACAUGGGAAGUGGACCCUGGAUCAAAUAGCGGAAGAAACUUCAAAUGUGGGAAGACCUCCCCGAUGACAUUCUGGGGAAAAGAGAGCUACUCCAACUUCACCAUCCUCCCCCUCAAUUACACCUCUGCUGGCUGGGAGAGUGAAACAAGGAACUAUCAUAACGACACUUUGUAUGUACUAGCUGAAGGGGGAGAGAUUGUCCACACAAGUUUCAAUAUGUCAAGUUGCCCUGGGGAAGGAUCUUUUGUCAACUUCACACUUUUAUACCAGAUGUUUGAGUUUAUACUUUGUGCCUAUAAUGACACCCCUUGUCACCAUUUGACCCACUCGUGGAAAAAUUUUGACAAGCGAUGCCCUUGGUACUUUGAAACAGGUACUAUGAUGAUACAAGGGAGGGAACGGUGGUCGCCAAAUUCCACCUGGGCCCAGUACUCUGGUAACAGACUUACUCUAUCCCUCGCACACGCUUUAGGGCUUUAUUUCAUUUGUGGUGAUUAUGCUUAUAAGGCUUUACCUCCAGGGUGGGGAGGAACUUGCACCAUAGCUUAUCUAGUCCCUGAUCUACAGAUACACAAGACCUUGACCUCCACAUCUGUCCCCAACCCCGGGAGCUUCAUCAAUCGGUUUCAUAAGCGAACCACUAAUCCUUUCGCUGAGAAACCCUCAGGAUUCCAUGCUUUCGCCCAAACCUUGUUUCCAUGGCUUGGAAUUUUGGAAAUCGAGAAGGCAAUAGUGAACAUGUCUGCGGCUGUGGAAGAAGGUUUCAGUGCCACCCUCGAAGCCAUUUCCAACCUGCGGCUAGAGGUGGACCCCCUGUCUCAGGUGGUUGUUCAGAGUCGGAUGGCGUUAGACAUGAAACGGGCACAACAAGGAGGGGUUUGUGCAUUUAUCAACACCAUGUGUUGUUUCUAUGUUGAUAAAAAGAACCAGAUAAGUCAGAAUGCUGCCAAGUGGAAAAGCUUCAUGAACACAGACCCUGAGUAGUCCUGACUCGGUGAUACUCCCAAGGAG